GUUGGAGCAAUCCCUGCAAAUGCAGCUGAUGAUGGACAGUGGUCUCAGGGACUUAUUUCCGCUGCCCGAAUGGUGGCAGCUGCAACCAGCAAUCUCUGUGAAGCAGCUAAUGCCUCCGUACAAGGCCACGCUAGUGAGGAGAAGCUCAUCUCAUCCGCCAAACAAGUGGCAGCUUCUACAGCACAGUUGCUUGUGGCUUGCAAAGUGAAGGCUGAUCAUGACUCUGAAGCCAUGAGGAGGCUACAGGCUGCAGGAAAUGCUGUCAAGCGAGCAUCAGACAAUCUUGUCAGGGCGGCCCAAAAAGCAGCAUUUGGGAAAGCAGAGGAUGACGAUGUUGUGGUCAAAACAAAGUUUGUGGGUGGCAUUGCUCAGAUCAUUGCAGCCCAAGAAGAAAUGCUGAAGAAGGAAAGAGAGCUGGAAGAGGCAAGGAAAAAACUGGCUCAGAUCCGCCAACAGCAGUACAAAUUUCUACCCACAGAGCUGAGAGAAGAUGAGGGUUAACCUGCUGAGAUGUUCUUUUUUUUUUUCUUUUUUUUUUUUCCCUUUUUUUUUCUUUUCUUUUAAAGAAAUAAGCUAAAGAGGGACAGUACAGUGAGAACUGCUCUGACAACAUUCUGGUAUGCCAACCACUUACCUAAAUAAACUGCCUGUCAUAGCUUUGGAUGAGCAAAGGGCAAUAAACACUUGUUCUUUCUCAUCUGGUCAGCUGAGGUGCAUGAUGAUCAAAUAAUGGUACAGUGUUAGGUUCAUCAUUCCUGUUGCUUCCUUGACUUAUAUCUCAGGAGAGAAUGUUUCACUUUUUACUAAAAAUACUAAGUCAGUAUUAUUGUCACUUUCCUGAUGCUUGAGGUAUUUAUCGUUCCUUGACUUGUAAUAAAACGUUCAUAAUAUUAAUA